AUGCCACGACCAUUAGACGAAUUGCUAAGCUCGUUGAACGAGAACCAGCGGACCGCCGUCACCGCCCCACUCAAUAGUCGAAUAUGUGUUAUUGCUGGUCCAGGAACCGGAAAAACAAAAGUUCUUGUUUCUCGAGUUGCUCAUCUUUUGCUACACGAUCAAAUUCCUCCACAGCAAAUCAUCGUUACAACGUUCACCAAGAAAGCUGCCAACGAGAUGGUUCUGCGUCUACGCUUGGUACUUCAAGACACCGAUAUUGAUGUCAAUAGACUAAUGGUGGGCACAUUCCAUAGCAUAUGCUACCGUAUAAUCAAGAAGUAUGGCCACUUGAUUGGCCUAGAAGGAUUUACCAUUGCUGACGAAAAGGAUAGCAUACAUCUUCUCGAAGAAUGUUUGGAAAAAAUUGGAAAAAAUCCACAGCAAAAUGACGAUGAAAAACAGGAUACCAAGCGUUAUAGAGCCAAGAUCUCGUCAUUGAAAAGCCGUGCAAUAACACCAAUAGUCUUCAAGAAAUCUCAUUCCGACGAGUAUCUACUGUCUUUGUACGAGACUUACCAAGAGAGUUUGACGGCCGCAAAGUUGUUGGAUUUUGACGACUGUCUCGUUCGGUGCCAUGAAUUGUUGUUGCAAUAUCCAGUGCUCAACUUUGUCAAAUCGGUACUCGUCGACGAGUUUCAAGAUACCAACGAAAUACAGUUGCAAUUGAUGUACGAAUUCGCCAAAGGACACCCUUCCGACCAAAAUUUGCAAAAUAAUGUUUUGAUCGUUGGAGAUCCAGAUCAAAGUAUCUAUGGCUUUCGAGACGCUCAAGUGGGAAACUUUAAAAAGAUGGUGACUUUUUACGAAAACAAGGGUCUUUCUUGUACUACUAUUCUUUUAGAAGAGAAUUACCGGUCCACGGCUGGUAUACUUGACUUUUCCGAGUCCAUCAUGAGACAGCAAAAACUGCGAACCAUUAAAAACCUUCGUUCUCAAAAAAACGCAACUUACAAGCCUGUAAUUGCGUCCCUCAAGGGCCUGGAGCAAGAAGGACGCUGGAUCGUGUAUCAAAUCGAAACUUUACUUUCUCUUCCUGGCCAACCUCUUCGCCAUGAAGAUAUUGCAAUUCUCUUUCGAGCUGCUUACCAAACAAGAGCAGUGGAACAAGAGCUAACACGACGAGGAAUUCCGUACUUGAUGCUUCGUGGUAAGGCAUUCUGGGAUCGAAAGGAAGUGGUGGUGUUCAUGGACUAUCUACGAGUGGUCUCCAACGAGAGCGAUAGGUUGGCCCUCGUCAGAACUCUUAAUUAUCCCAAGAGAGGAAUCGGAGAAAAGGCUAUGAAGCUUAUCGAAAAUGAGUUGCAGAACUCAGCAAAUCUGGUACAUCAAACUCUAGUUGCGUUUUGCAAAUCUGGUCAAUUGUCCUCUAAAACCAAAGAAGGUUUAAGUGCCUAUCUUGGUCUCAUUGAACGGUGCCGCGAGCAUUUAGAUCACUACGAAAUGACCCACGACAAGAGUUUGCUUGAAAGGCUUUCGAGCGAGCUCCUUCGUGACUCGGGCCUUCAAACUGAGUUCGAAGACGACUCUAAUAAAAUGCUCAAUAUCACCGAAGUGCAACGACAGUUACUUGACUUUGAGCCUCAAGACGAACAAAUUGAACUUUUCGUUGGUGGCUCCGAAAAUGAUCAAGCAGAUGAUCCGUUCAAUCAUAUCCAGAAAUUUGUUCAGGCAAUCGGUCUUUAUGAGUCCGAAGAGUCUGCACAGUCAAAAGAAAAAAGCACUAGCAGAAUCACACUUUCCACCAUCCAUGGCUCUAAGGGACUCGAGUGGCAUACUGUAUUUGUCCCGGGCCUUUCAGAGGGUGUGCUUCCUGCUGGGUUUGCUAUUGCUGAUAAUAGCGAGCAGUCAGCGGAUGAAGAACGUCGCUGCUUUUAUGUGGCUACAACAAGAGCUAAGACUCUCUUGUAUAUUUCAUCAUACAUAGAAGAAGAGGGUAAAUGGGGUCGCAAGCCAAUUGAAGCCGUUUCACGAUUCUUGACGAAAAUCAAACCAGAUAUGAUAUCUGAAUUUCAAUCGGCAAUUUGCAGCAAAAAGGACCUAAUCUCGUUAUACCAACUCAUGGCUCGUGAGUACGACGAAACGUUCGAUAUCGAUCAAUUUGCUUCGAUGUACAAAUUGAAACUUUCUGAGUUUGUCAGAGGAAAAUCUAACAUUGACUUGUCAAAUUUGUCGGCUGGUUUUGUGAGUGCUCGUAAAACCAAUGCCAUCGCCAGUUCAGUGUUCGAAACAAACCGUCGUCCGGCACCCCGAUCGGCCAUUUCAAGGGUUUCCAAGGCACCUACAAAACAAAAAGGGUUCAAUCCACCACGCCAAAUCACUUCAAGUUCCAGUAAAGCUCCAUCGUAUGUCCGAACGACGGCUCCGACAGUUCCAAAAGCUACGAAAAUGGCCCCUCCAUACAUUCCCGAUCGCCGCAGAGCUCCCGCCUACAUUCCAAAUCGAAAAGCGCCAUGA